GCUUGUUUUUUUAAUCUGUUCAUUUGUCUAUCACGUCUUGACCCACAAGAUAACCAUUCCACCAGCACCUCUGACGUACCGGUGACUGGCGCUGCCAUAACGGAUCUUUAUCACUAUCUGAUGCAACAGCACUUCACCUCAGUGAUCUUCAAGAUUGAGAUCCAAAACCUCCCAAGACAUUUUGAAUUUGCGCAACUGAAGAAGAUGUUGACUGGUCUGCAACUGGAACCCAAGAAAGUCAAGGCAGUCAACAAGGCAACCUAUGCUUUUGUGACAUUCAGCUGCCAAGAAGAUAAGGAGGAGGCAUUGAAAGUACUCAACGGACACAAAUGGAAAGGACAAGUGCUGAAAGCCAAGCUUUCCAAGCCAGUUGAGGACCUGUAAUCGAAGAGCCUUAUUCUAAGAGAAGUCAAGAGGAAUCUGAUGGAAACACCCAAGAAGCUAAGAGGAGGAAGGAGGAGGACAGCUUACCAGUAGAAGAGAGGUUAAACAACACAGUGACUCCGCUAUGGAACCAGCCGUAUGAGGACCAGCUAUCCACCAAACAGACCAACACCAGGAAGUUUCUGAGGAAUUUAUCCAAGAUGCUGCAACGGAACAUUGGGGAGAUGUCUCCCUGGCUGAAGCAACAAAGGUGAGCUACUCACCAAAGACACGGGAUGGUUGUGGGCCAGAAUGGAAAUGUGAUCUUCCUUAACA